AUGCUCUCGGGGAUCCUCAUAUUCAACCAAAAGGGCGAAAAUCUCAUUUUCCGCGCCUUCCGCAGCGACUGCCGUCCCCGUCUAGCUGACAUCUUCCGCAUCCAAGUCAUCUCCAAUCCACAUGUGCGCUCCCCGAUCCUGACCCUGGGCUCGACGACAUUCAGCCAUGUCAAGCACGAGAAUAUUUACCUGGUCGCGGUGACCAAGAGCAAUGCCAAUGCCGCGCUGGUAUUUGAAUUCCUCUACCGACUGAUCAUGCUGGGGAAGAGCUAUUUCGGGAAACUCGACGAGGAGGCCGUGAAGAACAACUUUGUCCUUAUUUACGAACUGCUCGAUGAAAUCCUCGACUUCGGAUACCCCCAGAACACCGAAACAGAUACCCUGAAAAUGUACAUCACAACCGAAGGCGUCAAAUCCGCCAUCGCCAACAACCCCACCGACUCCUCCAAAAUCACGCAACAAGCAACAGGCGCCCUCUCCUGGCGCCGCUCCGACGUAAAAUACCGCAAAAACGAAGCCUUCGUCGACGUAAUCGAAGAUGUCAACCUCCUAAUGUCCGCAACGGGCAACAUCCUCCGCGCAGACGUCAACGGCCAAAUAGUAAUGCGCGCCUACCUCUCCGGCACCCCGGAAUGCAAAUUCGGUCUCAACGACCGUCUCCUCCUGGACCCCGCUCAAGCCUCCGAUACCACCCCCGGCCGCGCCACCAACAACAACGCAGGCGGCAAGUCGAAAGCGCGGCGCGCAGCAGCCGGCUCGGUCACGCUGGAAGACUGCCAGUUCCACCAGUGCGUGAAGCUGGGCCGGUUCGACACGGACCGGAUUAUCUCGUUUGUGCCGCCGGACGGCGAGUUCGAGCUGAUGCGGUACCGGGCGACGGAGAAUGUCAAUCUGCCGUUCAAGGUGCGGCCGAUUGUCAGGGAGAUUGGCACGACCAAGGUGGAGUAUAGUGUUGCGAUUCGGGCGAAUUAUGAUUCCAAGUUGUUUGCGACGAAUGUGGUCUUGAGGAUUCCAACCCCGCUUAAUACGGCGAAGAUGACGGAGAGGACGAGUCAGGGGCGGGCCAAGUAUGAGCCCGAACAGAAUAAUAUUGUGUGGAAGAUUGCGAGGUUCUCGGGCCAGUCGGAGUACGUGCUUAAUGCUGAGGCGAUUCUGACGACUAUGACGCAUCAGAAGGCUUGGAGUCGGCCGCCGUUGAGUCUUUCGUUUAGUUUGCUUAUGUUUACGUCUUCUGGGUUGCUGGUGCGGUAUCUGAAGGUGUUUGAGAAGAGUAACUAUAGCUCUGUGAAGUGGGUGCGGUACAUGACUCGUGCGGGGAGUUAUGAGAUUCGAUUCUGA